AUGGAGACUGACGCAUUCUGGUUCAAAACAACAUAUCUAAACACAACAGCCUCUCUGGAUGAGCAUGAGAACCACCGUGUCCCGGCCAUCUUGAGCUGGGAAGUGGGCAACGUGACUUGCGAUGUCGUGACGAAGAAAAACAAUUCAUAUGCUUGCCUCAGCACUAACAGCAUGUGCGUUAAUUCCAGCAGUGGAUCAGGCUACCUUUGCAACUGCAAGGAAGGAUAUCAGGGUAAUCCUUACCUUCCAGAUGGAUGCCAAGAUAUUGAUGAGUGUGCUGACAAACAACCUCCAUGCGCUGGCUGCAAGAACACACCUGGAAGUUUCUCUUGUCCAGACACGAGAUCCUUGAAAGUUGUGGCACUAGCUGUCGGUUCAAGCAUCGGGGUUGCAAUUGUGGCCAUAGCCAUUACCUGCACAUACUUGAUCCAUGAAAGGAAGAAGUUGGACAAAAUCAAGCGGAAGUAUUUCCAACAGCAUGGUGGGAUGCUUCUAUUGCAGGAGAUAAGAUUAAAUCAAGGAACUGCUUUCACCGUCUUCACAGAAGCAGAGCUCAUUGAUGCAACAGACAAAUUUGACAACAGGAACAUCCUUGGCCGUGGUGGCCAUGGCACUGUCUAUAAGGGGAUGCUCAAGGAAGGCAGUCUAAUCGCAGUCAAACGGUGUGUAUCAAUGACCAGUGAGCAGCAAAAGAAGGAGUUCGGCAAAGAGAUGUCAAUCCUUUCCCAGAUCAAUCACAAGAACGUUGUUAAGCUACUGGGCUGCUGCCUCGAGGUAGAGGUUCCGAUGCUAGUCUAUGAGUUCAUCCCCAACGGCACACUAUUUCAGUUCAUCCAUGGUAGCAAUGGCUGCCACAACAUCCCCUUCUCAACUCGCUUACACAUUGCCCUCGAGUCUGCUGCAGCCUUAGCUUACCUACAUUCAUGGGCUUCACCUCCAAUCCUUCAUGGAGAUGUCAAAUCAUCCAAUAUACUCCUUGACAAGAACUAUGCAGCUAAGGUAUCAGACUUUGGGGCCUCUAUACUGGCACCGACUGAUGAGUCUCAGUUUGUCACACUUGUGCAAGGGACUUGCGGUUACUUAGACCCUGAGUAUAUGCAGACGUGCCAGCUGACGGAUAAGAGUGAUGUCUACAGUUUCGGGGUCGUUCUCCUGGAGCUUCUCACUGGCAAGAAGGCACUCAACCUUGAAGGGCCUGAAAAUGAGAGGAGCCUUUCACUGCGCUUCUUAUGUGCUAUGAAGGAAGGCAGACUCAUGGACAUCAUUGACGACUGCAUCAAGAAUGAGAACGACAUGGGGUUGCUUGAGGAGGUUGCGGAGCUUGCGAGUCGGUGCCUAGAGAUGGUUGGCGAGAGGCGGCCGGCAAUGAGAGACGUGGCCGAGAAGCUGGACAGGCUCAGCAAGGUCAUGCAGCACCCAUGGGUGCCUGCGCAACAUCUUCCUGAAGAGAUGGAGAGCCUGCUCGAGGAGUCGUCGAUGGUCAGUUUGGAGAUGAUAGGCACAGGAAAUUUCAGCAUGGAGAAGAGGAUUGUGCAAGGGCUGCUGGAGUCUGGACGUUAG